UUCUCCUACCAUCCACCCAUCCCCUUCUAUAUAUUGCACAGGCGCGCCGCGCUCUGUGUGCCUGUGUCACUCACCGGCUCGCCACCAGACAGGCGGCGGCGAAGCAGAGCGCCGCCGAGAAAGUAGGACGAGUGGCGCGAUGGCGUUCGCGUCCGGGGACGGCGGCGGCGGCGGGCCGCAGGUGCUGACGGCGCGGUUCGUCCGGCAGGUGGUGUUGGGCCGUUGGUUCAUGGUGUUCGCGUGCCUGCUCAUCCUGUCGGCGUCGGGGGCGACGUACAUCUUCGGCAUCUACUCCAAGGUGCUCAAGUCGUCGCUGGGCUACGACCAGCGCACGCUCAACACGCUCUCCUUCUUCAAGGACCUGGGCGCCAACGUCGGCGUCCUCUCGGGCCUCAUCAACGAGGUGACGCCGCCGUGGGUGGUGCUCGCCAUGGGCGCCGCCAUGAACCUGGUUGGCUACCUCAUGAUUUACCUCGCCAUCGACGGGCGUACGGCGCGGCCCCCCGUGUGGCUCAUGUGCAUCUACAUCUGCGUGGGCGCCAACUCGCAGUCCUUCGCCAACACGGGCGCGCUCGUCACCUGCGUCAAGAACUUCCCCGAGAGCAGGGGCAUCGUGCUGGGCCUGCUCAAGGGCUUCGUCGGCCUCAGCGGCGCCAUCUUCACGCAGCUCUACCUCGCCAUCUACGGCGACGAUGCCAAGUCGCUCGUGCUGCUCAUCGCCUGGCUCCCCGCUGCCGUCUCCAUCCUCUUCGUCCACACCAUCCGCAUCAUGCCGUACCCGCGCCCCACCCGGCGUGGCGCCGCCGCCGGCGCGUCGUCGGCGACCAGCAACGACGCUUUCUUCUGCUUCCUCUAUAUCUCCAUCGCGCUCGCGACCUACCUCCUCGUCAUGAUCGUCGUGCAGAAGCAGGUCAACUUCUCGCACGCCGCCUACGGGGUGUCCGCCGCCGCGCUGCUCCUCGUCCUCUUCCUGCCCCUCGCCGUCGUCGUCAAGCAGGAGUACAAGAUCCAGAAGGAGCUCCAGGAGUCCCUCCGCGAGCACCCCACCGUGACCGUCGAGAAGCCAGCUGCUGACCUGCAGAUGGUGGCAGCUGAUGAGCCGGCGGCCAACAAGAGCCAGCUGCAGAGCACCACUGAACAAACAGAGGAGACGUCGCCGCCGCCGUCCGGCUGCCUGGGCUCGUGCCUCCGGCACAUGUUCAGCCCGCCCGCGCAGGGGGAGGACUACACGAUCCUGCAGGCGCUGGUGAGCGUGGACAUGCUGGUGCUGUUCCUGGCGACCAUCUGCGGCGUGGGCGGCACUCUGACGGCGAUCGACAACAUGGGCCAGAUCGGGCAGUCCCUGGGGUACCCGGCCAAGAGCAUUAACACCUUCGUCUCCCUCAUCAGCAUCUGGAACUACGCGGGGCGCGUCACCUCCGGGUUCGCCUCGGAGAUCUUCCUGACCCGGUACAGGUUCCCGCGGCCGCUGAUGCUGACGCUGGUGCUCCUGCUCUCGUGCGUGGGCCACCUCCUCAUCGCCUUCGGCGUGCCGCAGUCCCUCUACGCGGCGUCGGUGGUGAUCGGCUUCUGCUUCGGCGCGCAGUGGCCGCUGCUGUUCGCCAUCAUCUCCGAGGUGUUCGGGCUCAAGUACUACUCCACGCUCUACAACUUCGGGUCCGUCGCGAGCCCCAUCGGCGCCUACGUGCUCAACGUCCGCGUCGCCGGCGGGCUCUACGACGCCGAGGCCGCCAGGCAGCACGGCGGGUCCCUCGCCGGCGGCGACAAGACCUGCAUCGGCGUGCAGUGCUUCCGCAAGGCGUUCCUCAUCAUCACCGCCGCCACGGUGGCCGGGGCGCUCGUGUCGCUGGUGCUCGUGUGGCGGACCAGGAAGUUCUACAAGGGAGACAUCUACGCCAAGUUCAGGGACAACGCCGCCGCUGCCGCCGCCGACGCCGAGGAGGAGGAUCUCAAGCGGCCCAAGGAGACGGAGGGGGAGUCAACGGAGGUCAACGGGAGGACGGGCUAGUGUACUAGACUACUAGUGUCGUGCCGGCCGGGCGCUUGCGUUGACUCGGUCGAAGCAAGCAGCCACACCCACACACAGCGAGCUAACGCUCGGUUUUGACUUGGUAUACGUGUCGUCUCCCAGUCCACGCCGUCCUCAAUCAAGCUCAAAGAGAGCUCAACCGAACAGCGGCAAUGGAGGCCUGGAGGGCUCUGUCAGAGUGCAGCUAUCACUGCAUUACGGCAGGUGAUUGGGUGCACGAUUAGUGUGUAAUCUUUUUAGCAGAAGAGCAGUAGUGACAGUAUAGAACAAGUCCUUUCUUCUUGCUGCUGUAUGGAUGUAUACUUGUUACUGCCACUCUUAAUCUUCUACUAAUUCGAGAGAGAGGAGAGAAGAGGCCAAGUUCCAUGGUUAAAAUGUUCUUGAUAAGCUGCAUGACGAACCCGGACGACAUUACACGACUGCAGGCGAUUGUGAUUGGCUCCAUACUCUGUCCGACCGACAGUAUUACGAGUGCUCCUUGGACUUGCGAUUAGCGAUGACGCGAGAAGUUGAGACAUGAGACGGCUGCUUUUCAAGCUUCAUGCUUGUCUCCUGGAUGAUCUGGAAAGAGCGUAGCAACAGAGUUUUCAGUAGAGCACCUCCCAGGCAACCGGCGCAGCUGCUGCGGCAAAUCCAACAGGAAGCUAUGCUUUGGUCUGCUGCAGGCGCCAAGCACUUGUCCGCCCUUGGCUGGCCGGUGCCGUCGGAUGCCCAGGGAACAGUUUAGUCUGUUGCCGAGCUUCGACCAUGCCUAAACGGUGGUUGAUCAUUUAUGUAAUAGCUAACAAACUCUAAACGUGCGUGUGCGCCCGGAAAAGACCCGCGUUGUACUAAGUUGUACACGUCUUCA